AUGAGGGAAAUCCUUUACAGCCUGGACGAUGUUUGGACCGAGUGCCAGGUAACGUCGAAGAGCAACAAACUAGCCCGUGAUCCCUUGAGGGGGAAGUUAAACAAGAUCAAGGAUUCUAUUCGAUUUUCAAAUGGUAACGCACAGGCUCAGCCGAAUAGCGACGUCAGCAGCUCGGUCAGGGAGAAUCAAGUUCGUCGCCGGAGCUCUCGGUCAGUUAAUGCGUCCAACGUUCAUGGGUUUGAUGACGAUGUAAUCUCGCUGGAAAAGGUACUUCUUAGGCCAGGAAGUGAGGGUCGUUUCAAGGCAAUAGGCAUCACCGGUAUAGCUGGUAUAGGAAAAACCACACUCUGCCAAUCAUUGUUCAGUAAAAAGGAGGUGAAGGACUACUUCUUUCCAAGGAUCUGGGUAUGCAUGUCAGCACAGACUGGGGAUGAUGAGGACGAAAAAGUAGCGAUCCUCAAGAGAAUGUUGGUGUGCCUUGGAGUAGAAGAUGAAAUCAUCGACAAUUAUUAUGGACAUAAUAAUCUCAAGGAACUACUAUAUGCUCUUCACCUUCAAUUGCAGGGGAAGAGAUAUCUGAUUGUGUUUGAUGAUGUCAGGGGCGGGGAGAUAGACAAAUGGUACGAAGAGCUGAGUUGUUCGUCUACUUGGGAUGGAAAAUGGGAUGCUCUUGCGUAUGGAUUGCCAAAAGGGUGUGGGGGAGCAGUUAUUGUGACUAGUAGGAAUGAGGAAAUAGCAAAGAAGAUGGUUGGGGGGGAGGGAAACCUACAUCGGCUUCUACCCCUUUGUUAG